CUCGGUGGUACAGAUUGAGGUACAUGUAUGCCACGUGUACUGUAUCUGUAUGCAUGAGUUGGAUCAUCUUACUCCGGCAGCGUAACAAAUAACCUCUAGGGCUAACCACUAACCAACAUAACACCAGAGUGCCCCAAAACGUAGGGUGUGUGCUCCCUCGUAACCCCUAUCGGGUAUGGAUUGAGCUGGAACUAGGUAAGAGAAUAACUUCAUACUCUGGCAGAGUGUGAUGGAUGAUAUGCAGACACUUGGGAAUUAGCUGAAAUUGCAUACAUGGCUUACAAAUAAUUCAAAAUCAACCGUCCAACUCACGUGUCCCAGUUUAGAUUUAUCAAGAACAAAAGGUACGCCUCUUCAAAUAUGUAACUAGAUGAUUGGUUGACAUUACUGGACGGUCGAUAAUGCAAUAUAUCAAACGGUUCUAUUUUAAAGUGUCCCACAAAUCAGAGGUUAGGAUUGCUCAAACAAUCUGAUUCUGGGAUGUACAGACAUCGACCAUGCGUUCCACAAUUGAGUCUGUACAAUUUGAGCUAAUGGAUGUCCCUUGUACAACCCAGAGUGCCUGAGUAUGAAGCGUCAUCCCCAGGCAGAGUAUCAAAUACCCCACGAGGGAAUUAAGGGUCCCAAAAGUCACAUAGAAUAUACAUUGAAUUUGGAAAGGGGAAGGGAAUAAUCCAGGGUGUUUGUAUGGGAGAAAAAGGAAUAGAAGCGUAAGAAAGAGAAGCGUAGUAGGUUGGUGUUAAGGAAUCAUGUGGGUGCAUGUGCACUGAGCCAGGAAGAACAUGCCCAAAGCAAACAUGUGUGGGAUAGGAGACUUGGGUCCUUCCUAUUGGAGGAAGUGGGAUGUGGGGCCCACUUUUGCCACCUUAAAUGAUAUCAUGUGCACUUGAUGGUGUCCAAUCCUCCAUUUCAAAGCCAUAUAAAUACCCCCUCUCAGCCCUUGGAUCAUAUGGGGCAUUGAGUCAUCUGUUCUUAUCCAGCCAAAGGGAGUCAGAGAUUUUCAAGCUCUAAAAGGAAGUGGGUCUUGUCUAGAAUCCUCUAAUCAUGGGAACUUCUCAACCAUCUCUCAUCCCAGCCCUUGAUUUAAAGGGCACGUGUGGAUCAUCAAUUGGGUCCAUUUGGACCAAGGUUUUGAUACUCCAAGCCAUGAGAAGAAAGCUAAAUAAGAGGCCCAGGAUCUUCAUGAGGAGAAAAAGGUCACUUCUAGAAGGUUCUAGAAGGCCCACCAAUGGUGUGGAAAGAAGGGUCAAAUCCCUACAGAAGCUUGUACCGAAUGGGGAGUCUAUGGCCUUGGAUGGGCUUUUCAAAGAGGCAGCUGAUUACAUAGUCUGCUUAGAAAUGCAAGUGAAAGCCAUGCAGGUUAUGGUCAACGUAUUAUCAGAUUCAAAUGAAUAAGAAUAACAGUCCUUGUAAUAUCCAUUUCUCCAAAUGCAGUUUGGGAGUCCUAUAUACUUGUUUGCCACUAACUACCGUUGGUGAUGUGGGUUUUUCUUUUAUUUUUCAAAUUCAUUUCCUUCUUGGAACGG